UCCAAAGAAGUUCACCUUUAUCCAGUUUGUUUGUUCAGCUGAAAUCUGAAUAGUGAAUACUCCAUCCACUUUUUAUAUUUCACGGACCUCAAAAUGCCCUUUAAGCCUUUUCUUGCCCCUUCCCUUUCACGAGCAUUGCCUGAAAAAGUGACCCAAAAGUUCUAGGGUUCCGUCACAAGACACCCUCCAUUUGAGGUCACUUUCUUUUCUUCUUCUCCCUUCUUGAGGUGUCUGAUCGCGUUAAAUGCGUCCCACUCCAUCUUAAUUUCAUUUUAUUCUUUCGAGAUCCGACCACUGGAAGGAAUCAGCAAGUAGACGUCUAUAUGGGACAACAAGAACAGCUAGCUAUUUCAAGAGGGAGAAAAGAAAACAUCCUUGUCAAAAUAAUAUGAAGCUUGUUUUGUUUACUCGGGAGCUCAAUUUGAUGGAUACCCUCCAGGGAUUGGUGUCGUUAGGACCAGGGAAUAGGGAUUCAAUAGGUUGUAUUUGAAAGGGAAAUGUAAGUAGAAUUCCACAUCAAUAUCUUUUAGUAGCGAUGGAAGACAUUGUAUUGUUUAAACAAGGAUGGAAAUGGUUGCUUUCGGAGAGCCAUUGUUACACUGUCGCGGCGAUGAAGGCUGCUUCUUUUUUCAGGGAUAAAAUCGUGAUUUCUAUAGCACGGCAUUGGCCUAGUGUUUGCCAUGGGAGUUCAAGGCUUGCUAAGCUGUUGUGGUACUUUCUGAUUCAGUGGAAGGAUUGUUUUGUUCGUGGAUCUAGAUCGCUUUUUGGUUUGGGCACUGCGGCACUUCUUGUCAUCAUAUGGAGCUGCUUUCUUAGUUUGACAUCAAUGUCUUGCCUUUUCUGCGUCCUUUUAAGCAUGGGUGUUGCUGCUUGUGCUAUUCACUACCUAGGCCACACACCUGGUAUAUUCAUAGUAGGGCUAUUUUCAAUUUUAAUCUUGUGGAUGUAUGGGAACUUUUGGAUCACUGGAACAUUAUUUAUUGUUGGAGGUUACUUAUUUUCUAGGAAACAUGCAAGGUUGGUUGUUUUAAUUGCAACCUUAUAUGCUCUCCAUAGUGUAAAACUUCAAGUUGGAUGGAUUGGAAUUUUGGUAUCAAUUAACCUUGCUUUCAUAUCUAAUGAUGCAUUAAACUGUGUUCUCCAAUGGUGUGAUAAUCUGAGUGAAAAGACACAAUUUGAAGAGCAAAGUUUCACAGAUUCAUUUGUUGAAGAUGAAUUUAGAGCAGAGUCUGAGAGUGAGUUUUUUGUUCCUAAUGAUGAAAAAGUUGAGGAGAUACAUUCUGAUUCAAGUAAUGAAGCUGAAAAAGUACAUGUAAAUCCCAUUGAUGAAUCUGAGAAAGGGAAAAGUCAAUCGUAUAGUUCUACAAGCACACCACAAGCUUCUACAACAAUUAUUGUGAACAAAGAAAAGGAAUCACCUUCCAUUGUUGUGAUCAAAGAUGAUGUGAAUGCAAUUAAUGAGAUGAAAAGAAUUCUUGGAUGUGUUGAUCAUUAUGAAGCUCUAGGUUUAUCUCGCUACAAGAAGAUUGAUGCUUUGUUGUUGAAAAAGGAAUAUAGGAAAAAGGCCAUGCUUGUGCAUCCAGAUAAGAACAUGGGAAGUCCAAUGGCAAGUGAAUCAUUUAAAAAAGUCCAAUGUGCAUAUGAGAUUCUUUCUGAUUCUUUGAAGAAGAGAGACUAUGAUGAACAGCUGAGAAAGAAAGAAUCAAAGACUCUAUCUCACAAGUCUCCUAGUACUUCCCAUCAGGAAAAUGAUGAUUACUGUUCUGUGGAAUCGAGGCGAAUACAGUGCACAAAAUGUGGCCUUUCACAUAUAUGGAUAUGUACAAAUCGGAUCAAGUUGAAAGCAAGAUGGUGUCAGGAUUGCUGUCAAUAUCAUCAAGCUAAAGAUGGGGAUGGCUGGGUGGAAUACAAAGGCUCACUCAGCUUUGAUGGACCUCAUAAGGUGGAAAUACCUCGUGCUUUUGUUUGUGCUGAGAGCAAGAUCUUUGACGUUUCAGAAUGGGCUAUUUGCCAGGGAAUGGGGUGUAGACCAAAUACACAUCGUCCAACAUUUCAUGUAAACAUGGUUGGAUUAGAGAAACCUCAAAGGUCAAACUCAAGUCGUUAUCCAUGGGAUUUAGAUGCUCAAAUGGCUGAUGAAGAAGAGGAUUUUGAAUUAUGGCUUAAACAAGCACUUGCGUCUGGUUUAUUUAGUGAAACCUCAAAACGUAGAAAAAGUUGGGGACCCUUUAAGUUGCCUCAAAAGAAAGGAAAGAAACAAUGGAAUCGUAUGUCACAAUGACCAUUCUACCCCCCUACCUACCAACCCAAAAAAAAAGAAAGAAAAAGGAAUGGGAUUGUUGUAAAUAGAGUUGUGUUUUGUGGCCAAAAUGUAUGGGUCAUGUGCAUUAAUUAGAUUUGAUGAUGAAUGUUUGUUAAUAAACUACACUGAACAUCCAAACUUUUUCUGUAAUUUAAACAGACUCCUUGAAUCUUGAUGCGUCUUUUUUCA